AUGGCUGUCCAGAUUGGUGGGACUCCAGUGGUCCAUGAGCUCUUCAAAAUGCUGGGAUUUUCAAAGGGGCAAAGAAGGUCAUUCUUCGUUUUGAGAAGGAGCGCUCUGCAGGGUUUCAGCACUGCAGUCAAGGCCGCUGCCUCUCCUCUGAGGAAACUGGAGGACGAGGUGCUGUGCUCUGUCUGUCUUGACUUCUUGAAGGAGCCCGUUACCAUCGACUGUGGUCACGUCUCCUGCUCUCACCGCAUCAUUAAGGUCUGUGAAUCUGCUCAGCAGCCAUUAUGUUGUUCUCUCUGCAAGACAGCCUUUAAGAAAGAGAAUAUCCGCCAUGUGUGGCAGAUGGCCAGCAUAGUGGAGAACAUCUGGAGGAUGAAAGUAGAUGAGGAGAGACAACCCAAGGAGGACCGACCACUCGCGCAGAGAGCGGAGCAGCUGUGCGGGCAGCAUUUGGAGAAGCUGCAUUACUACUGCAAGGAUGACCAGCGGAUACUGUGUGUCACGUGUCGGGAGUCCCGGGAGCACAGGCACCAGGCUGCGGUUCUGCUGGAGAAGGCUGUGCAGCCUUAUCGGCUAAAAAGCUUGCUGGACCCCAGCUCUGGUAAAAUUCUAAACGAUCUGAAGAUUCUGAAGGGAGACAGGGACAGGAUUCAGAAUUUUCAGUCUACAGGAAAAGAUGAGAUUCAGGCCCUGCUGGCAAAAUUCCAGAGCCACAAGCAAGGCAUAGCAUCAGUGUUUGAGCAGGGCCAUCAGUUCCUGAGAGAAAGGGAGCAGUACCUGUUGGAGUGGCUGGAGGGAAUGGAGCAACAGCUCACUGGAGGGAGGAACAGCCACGUUACCAAGGGCUCUGAGGAGGUCAUCCGGCUGGAGACCCUGAUUUUUUAGUUAGAGAAGAAGGCUCAGCAGCCAGCACUUGAACUUUUGCAGGACCCAAGUGACAGAACAAGCAGAUACCCUCAGAAGAAGUUCUGGAUUGAAAAGCCUAUCAGUCCUGCAAUCAGAAAACGGAUGGAAGAAUUUUCAGAUAAAUGUCUUUGUUUAGAGAAAGGACUCAGAGGAUUCCAUGGAAAAUUGAUGAGGGAUCUGGAAUAUAAGACAAUGAGGAGCAUCCUGAAUUCCCGGCCAGCCAAUGGCUACCUCGCAGUGUCUCCAGAUGGGAAGAGUAUGAUGUUCACUGGCUGGUGGAUGAACAAAUGCCAGCAUGGUCAGCAAUUUGAUCUGGAGCCUGGGGUGCUGGGCAGUAAGGGCUUCACAUGGGGCAGAGUAUACUGGGAAGUGAAAGUGGACAGGAUCUGGUGGGAAGCAGAGGAAGAAGAAGAAACAAUGAGAUACAGGGUUGGAAGCAGAGGUGUGUUUGGCAGUAACGAUCUUGGUGGAUUUUCACGCAUCACUGAUGGGUAUCCUUCUCCUGGAUACAGAGAGGAGAAUGAGGAGCUGGAGGAGGAAUGGUCUCAGGAAAAUAGAAUAUGGCCAAAAUUCUGCCUGGUGGGGGUGGCAAGAGAGUCAGUGGUAAGAAGGGGAUUUCUCAACUUCACCCCCGAGGAGGUCUGGACUCUGCAGCUGUCCUCAGCUUGGGUGUCUAUAUGCAGCAGCCCGGGGCCCUUCCAGAUCCUGUCCUACUGCCCCUGGCAGAUUGGAGUCGCUCGGGAUCAUGAUGGUGGGAAGGUAACCUUUACCAAUGCCAGAACUCAAGAGUUCUAUGAAUUCUCAUCUGCCUUCACUGGGAGAAUUGUCCCUUUCCUGUGGCUUAACUGUAUGAGAUCCAGACUUACACUGAGACCCUGA